AUGGCAACUAGAGAGGUUAAUAAGCCUCAGUCACUUCCUCCUUACCCUGAGUUGAUACUGAAGGCUAUUGAUGCGUUGAAUGAGCCAAAUGGAUCAAACAAAUCAGCAAUAUCAAACUACAUAGAAUCGAUUUACGGUGAUCUUCCAGAAGGCCAUUCGGUUGUUCUUUUAUAUCAUCUGAACCAGAUGAAGGAGAGUGGAGACCUUGCUUUUGCGAAGAACAACUACAUGAGGCCUGAUCCAAAUGCUCCACCGAAGAGAGGGCGUGGUAGGCCUCCAAAGGCGAAGGAUCCGUUGGCCUCACCACCUUCUGGUGCGGUGUCGACACCGAGGCCAAGGGGUCGUCCGCCUAAGGAGCCUAAGGAUCCUAAUGCGCCACCAAAGACUCCCAAGACUUCUGGGAGUGGUAGGCCAAGGGGUAGGCCGAAGAAGAUUGCAAGAACUGAUGAUGCUGAUGUUUCAACUCCUGCUCCUCUGAGUGUUGCUGCUGUUAAUGUUGAUGUUGUUGUUCCUUGUGUUGCUGCUGUUCCUACUUCGAGUGGGAGGCCAAGGGGUAGGCCUCCAAAGGUGAAGCCUCAGAUGACGCAAGUGAGUGUUUCUUAG